GUUUGUAAGCAAAAUACUUGUAAUACCCAACUAUCCUGAUCUGCUGUUGUCAGCUUCCGGGGACUCGACUCUGAGACUUUGGGAGUACAAAAGCGGGGAAGAAGUGUACUGCUGUCAUCUAAGUAGCAUCUGUGGGCCUGAGACAACGAAAACCGACCAGAAAUACCCUGUGUCAAGAAUAACCUACUGCUGUCAAGGUGGUUAUGUUGCCAUUCUGUGUGACUGUAUUCCUGCAGUCUACGUCUUUCAGCUUGAUGCCAUUGCCCAGCAGCUAGUUUACAGAGAGCAAAUCUCUUUGAAACAUAAAGGUUGGGACAUUGCAUUUGAGGACACAGGAGAUCUAUGGAUUUUGCAGGAAGACAAUGAAGCUCCUCUUCAAUUGUACAGACCAUGUGAUGGACAGUGGAAGGCUGUAACUGAUGACAAAGGAUUACAGAAGAUGUCAAAAUAUCUUCAAGACAACUGGACAGUGUUUGAAGGUUUUGUUGGCGCAGACAGCCACUACAGCAGUCUUUACAAGGCUUCAUUUGAUCAUGUGGACACCUACCUACCAUGGAAAGAGGAAAGGUUACAGAAGCAGAAAAAAAAAAAGCAGGAUCUGCAACGUGGUUCAAAUGGACAAGCAAAAAAGAUGAAGACUGAAGAAUCAUCGCUAUGACCCUGUUGUUAGCUUGUAACUUUUGCCUUGCUGAAAGGAACUGAUCCGACUGCGGACUGUUUUUAAAUGUAAAAUGAGUUAUGGAAGAAGAUUGGUUUAAACUUUUAUUCAGAUUCAGGUUUUCAGGUAGCCUGAUAUGACAAUAUCCU